GGUCGGUCGAAUUGUACUUAGUUAGAUAUAAGUAAUUGAUGUUAGUGUUGUAAGAAAUAAAAUGUUAGUGCUUAAGUGUCGAAAUAAAUGUUGAAUGUAGAUUGAGUCUAGUUUAAAUAAAAUGUGUAAUUGCUUUGUACGUCGUGUGUGUUAAUUAUUGGAACCGAGAAUCGAGGAAGAAAGGCCGUAAUUGAGGCAGAGUUUGUGUCGGGACUGUGAUCACCACAUACAGUCCAUCCAAUCUCACUCGCCCAGGAAGAGCGAGUCGAAGGCACCUCGCUAGGAAUAGAAGGUUUCUGGUAGGAUCAUUAUUCAUCCACAACCCCGACAUUUGGUCCAACGAGCCGGAUAAGGAUACUCCGGUAGGACUUUGGGAUCCACAAUUGCGCCAAACCAAUAAAUCGCCAUCCCUUGGAACGCCAUUGCAACCGCCAAUUCAUCAACACAAUUACUAAUUGUCGCUGGAGACAAAGAUCGCCAUCAAUUGUGAGGAGUAGUGUACACCAUCUUCUGCAAUCCUGCUGUUUGGACAUCAGCACUGGUGGCUAUUGUGUAGGUCAGUAUAGCUACUAUUAUAUGUCCUGCCGAAGCUGGACUUGAUGGAUUACUUCUAACACAACUCUAUAUCAUCACGGCGACGUACAAGCACCUUUCAUCGAGCAAUUCCAUCCGUUUUGCUCUGGGCUACAUUCACAUUGGAACAUUGUGGGACGUCCAAUUUCGAUUGCUUGAGGAAUCACCUAAUCUCCGCUGGAUCUGUGAGCAGACAUUUUCUCUAAGGCACCUACCUAUAUACAUCAUCGAUAACGACGUCGUCAGAUCAUCCAACUGCCUGGUACCAUCGGUGGGAUUAAUACAGACGACAACACAACACGCAUCGAUCGAAGAGGUGGCCAGAAUAAAUGGUCCGUCAGGUUAGUGAACAAUAGUAUGUGUCUUGCCAGCCGGGACACUGCAGACUACACACAUUCCUAAUUAUUCAAUCCUCUUCGACCUGGACUGUUGUCGAUCACUCUUUGUAUGCGGUACGAGCUCGGACGAAGCAUUUGUUUUUCAUUUGGAGCAAGGGUUUGCCAAUUAGCUGUUCUUUUCGCAGUCAACUUUCCUGUAAGGUUAGUUACUGCAGUAUAUGGCCAGCCGAGGCCGGAUUAUUGUGAUACUACAUGCAUAUUUCCCAUUCUACACAUGUUUACCUGAACUGAGGCUGUAUUGAAAUCGAAUAUUUAUCACCCGUGCAACUGAUUGACCACGCUUGAGAGAGGCCAACGGUGCAUCGUAGCUUUGUGAAGGUUUGUGCUACAGUAUAUGGCCUGCCGAAGUUAGGUUUAUUUUGGAUACUACAUUUCCUAUUUUGUACUCUUCGAUCAUUGCUGCGCGAGUCGUCUCCCUGGAAACAAUCGCAUACUUUAACAGCUCAUGUUAUGAACUUUGGCUUGGUGGAAUAAACAUUGGAUUUUAACAGCAUUUCGUUACCAAUAAUUGGUCGAAGUGACUGUUCCGUCAGGUCAGUCUACUUAGUAUAUGUCUAGCCGAAGCUAGACAUUAUUUUUGCUACUACACCUCAAUCUCUUUCCGAUAUAUACCUGGACCGAGUGUGAAACGAUUAUCGUGAUGCCUGCAACUACGAAGACACCGAGCCUCCGUGCGAUGCAGUUUAAACUGAAGGAGAUACUUUCAAUGUUCAACGAUAUACAGCGUUUCGUUAAGCAUUAUGAGGAAGGCACUAGUGCAGCUCAGAUUCAGGUUAGGCUAGGUAAAAUAGAUGAGCUGUGGCAAAUGUUUAGCGAUACAUUAAUAGAGAUUUUGACUCAUGAGGAUUAUGUAGCAGAAGAGGAUAAAUAUGACAAGGAAAGACAGCAAUUUAGUGGUCAGUACUACGAUGCUAAGGCCUUCUUGUUAGAAAAAUUAGAACAUAUUCAACAUGCGGCCGUUGAGCCCCAGCGAAAUUUAUUGCCAAAUGUGGUGGAGCACGUAAGGUUACCGCAAAUUAAGUUGCAGACUUUUAACGGAGAUUUAGACGAAUGGAUUAGUUUUCGCGAUUUAUUCACGUCGCUCAUUCAUUCUCGCGGCGAUCUGCCGGACGUUGAAAAAUUACACUAUUUAAAGGGCUGUUUGCUGGGCGAGCCCAAGGGAUUGAUCGAUCCUCUUGCAAUUACCGCUGCUAAUUACCAUGUCGCAUGGAAGUUGGUCACUAAACGAUACGACAAUAGCAAGCAGCUUAGAAAAAGACAAAUUCAGUCUCUAUUCAGUUUACCACACUUGGCUAAGGAGUCUGUUUCGGAAUUGCAAGGAUUGAUUGAAGGCUUUGAAAGGAUCGUUCAUACGCUAGAUCAAGUUGUUGAGGUUCAAGAAUACAAAGAUCUACUUUUGGUCAAUAUGCUGUCUAGUAGAUUAGAUCCGGUAACGCGUCGUUCAUGGGAAGAACAGUCUUCAACAAAGGACAAGGACACGGUCAACGAAAUGGUAGAUUUCAUACACCGUCGUAUACAAGUAUUGGCAUCGAUACCGGUCAGAUCAACGGAAUCUAAGGUUGCUCAACUCAACGCUCCAAAACAACGAGCUUUGGUGAAGGCUAGUUUCAACUCUGCGCAGUUACCAACACAAUCAUCUUCCAGUUGCGUAUGCUGUUCGGAAACUCAUUUCUUGUUUGUUUGUCCGGUGUUCAAAAGACUGUCUGUUAGAGAUCGCGAGGGAGUGCUUCGGAAGCAUUCAUUUUGCCGCAAUUGCUUUAGGCCUGGACACCAAGGGAAGGAUUGUCGUUCAAAAUAUUCUUGCCGAUUCUGUAAAGGACGUCAUCACACACUCGUCUGUUUCAAACAAACCCCAGGCGCUGUUUCAACGGUGGGAAAAAGUUCAACCUCUCCUACUCCGGAAAAUACCAAUAUUUCCACUACUCCGACGGAUGCGGUAGCAAAUAUUGCUACUUCGGAAGUGUCCAUGUGCAAUGCAACCGGUGCAUCGUCGAAAGUAUUUUUGGCGACAGCAAUUAUUCUAGUGGAGGACGACCAAGGCAAGCAGUAUGGAGCACGAACUCUUUUGGAUUCGGGAUCCGAAUGUAACUUCGUUUCGGAAAGGCUUUGCCAGCUUUUGAGGGCGGUUCGAGUCAGAGCUGACACCAAGGUACAAGGAAUCGGCCAAACAUCAUCACUUGCGAAACAUCAGGUUCACCUCAAGCUACGAUCUAGAGUUUCAUCAUUCUCCCGGUCGGCCAAGUUUCUGGUUUUACCUAAGGUAACGGUUAACCUUCCUACAUCUACGGUGGAUACUCAGGGAUUGGUCAUUCCUGAAGGUGUACGGUUAGCAGACCCGGGUUUCUUCAAAUCAGCUGGAGUGGAUAUGGUUCUAGGCAUUGAACUAUUCUUCAGCUUGUUCAACGUCGAUCGGAAAAUGUCACUCGGAAACAACAUGCCCACAUUGAUCGAUUCGGUGUUUGGCUGGGUGGUGUGCGGCACCAUGGAAAUACCCAGGGCGGUGAAUCUUGUUAACUGUAGUGUGUCAAUGGUUGAUCGCUUGGAUGAUCUGCUCACACGAUUUUGGGAAUGCGAAGAGGUAGCAACUCCAAUCAAAUCUACUCCGGAGGAAGUCAUUUGCGAGGAACAGUUUCAACGAACGGUUCAGAGAACAGAAGAUGGUCGGUAUUCAGUCGCUCUUCCCAAAGACGAUGUCAAACUUCAGCGACUAGGAGAGUCGCGAGAUAUCGCACUUCGACGAUUCUUCAGCACGGAACGAAGAUUGGGCAAGGAUGCCAACUUGCGUCAACAAUAUGUAGCUUUCAUGGAAGAAUACCUGCAAUUACAACACAUGAAGGAAGUUCCGGAUGAUCCUAGAGAUGGAGGAAGGCGAUGCUACCUACCACAUCAUCCAGUGGUGAAGGAAGCGUCCACGACAACUAAGGUACGGGUCGUGUUCGACGCUUCCUGCAAGACAUCGAGCGGUACAUCACUGAACGAUGUUCUUUACGCGGGACCAGUCAUACAGGAGGACUUACGUGCUAUUAUUAUGCGUGGGCGGACUCGGCGUGUUAUGCUUGUUGCAGACGUUGAGAAAAUGUUCCGGCAAAUAUGGACAUGUCCUGAAGAUCGACGUCUGCAAUGCAUUCUAUGGCGUUCUUCACCCAUGGCCGAGGUCAAAACAUACGAACUGGGUACGGUCACCUACGGGACAAAACCAGCACCAUUCUUAGCUACGAGAACUCUACAGCAACUCGCUACUGAUGAAGGUCAUCGGUUCCCACGGGCUGCAAGAGCUGGGAAGGAGGGCACAUGCAUGGAUGACGUAAUUACUGGAGCGGAAACUAAGGAAGAAGCAGCGAGAUUGCAAUUUGAACUUCAAGGUUUGUUGGAAGCAGGAGGCUUCCACCUUCGCAAAUGGGCUUCUAACUGCUCGGAGGUAUUAGAGGGCAUUCCACCAGAUAGCUUAGCCAUACCCAACACCAAGGAAGUCAACCUCGAAUUGGAUUCGUCGGUCACCACUCUCGGAUUGGUUUGGAUACCUGGGACAGACAAAUUAAGGUUUAAAUUUCGAGUUCCACAGUUGGAUUCACCGGAGCUGCUAACUAAACGGAAAAUUCUAUCCACAAUCGCUACUCUUUUCGACCCAAUUGGACUGAUUGGAGCAGUGGUUGUCGAGGCAAAAAUUUUUAUGCAGCAAUUAUGGACGAUACAAGGAGCAGACGGUCAGCGCUUGGAUUGGGACCAACCGGUACCACAGAAGGUGAGCAAGGAAUGGUGCCGUUACUAUAAUUGUUUGCCUAGUUUGGAAAAUAUCGAAGUCGCUCGAUGCGUGAUAAUUCCGGAUGCUGUUUCACUUGAGGUGCACUGUUUCUCCGAUGCUUCCACCAAAGCGUAUGGUGCAUGCCUAUACCUGAGGAGUCGAAACACGUCAGGCGACGUUCUUGUUCGAUUGCUAGCAUCGCGUUCAAAGGUGGCUCCUUUAAAAACACAGUCGCUACCUAGGCUGGAACUAUGCGGAGCAUUACUAGCAACUCAGCUAUGUCAAAAGGUAUGCGAAGCAAUUCGUUACAACGACAAGGUCUACUUCUGGACAGACUCCACAUGCGUUCUGAGGUGGAUCGCUGCAACUCCGGCGAGCUGGACAACCUUUGUAGCUAACAGAGUGUCCAAAAUUCAAACACUAUCAGACGGGUGUUAUUGGAAGCACGUUAAGGGCACGGAAAAUCCAGCGGACUUAAUUUCGCGCGGUCUGAGUGCUGCAAACAUCAUCAAUAACAAUAUGUGGUGGUCGGGACCCGACUGGCUUCAGAAUUCCCGAGAGCAUUGGCCGAUACGGAGUGUAGAACCCAACGAAGAAGGGGAAGAAGAACGACGUCGCUGCACUGUCGUUAACACCGCGUCGACAUGCGACGAAUUCAACCAAUGGUACAUCUCUAAGUUCGACUCUUACGAAGAAUUGGUCCGUCGUACUGCGUAUUGGCUGAGAAUGAUGGAUCUACUGAAGCUGCCAAGAGAUAGAAGAAGGAAUACGGAGUUACUAACCACGGCUGAAAAGAAAAGAGCUGAACGAAUACUGAUUCGCAGAGUUCAAAUGGAAUCAUUUCCUGAGGAAUGGAAGGCUUUGUCCAAGGGAUCCGCACUUCCAAUUAAAUCUCCGCUGAGAUGGUUUCACCCAUUUAUUUCCAAAGAAGAUGGUAUUUUGCGUAUUGGAGGAAGGCUAAACUAUUCUGAGGAGUCUGAAGAAACCUCCAAUUCUUCCUGGUCGGCACAUUUUCACUAG